UCGCUUUUUCUUGCCGAUCAGUCUCCUCUCCCUGUUGCUGUCUCCCUGCAUAGGCAAUCAGAGCUCUUACUCACAGACCCAACUCUCCUUCUUGCACUGAUUGUAAUGAAUUUUCCUCUUGAAUGUAGGUCAUUUACAACAGAAAGCAUCGGGUUCUUUCCAACCUAGCGCGGCUGCCGGGUUUUGUUCCUUGUUUGUUCGCUUUCCCUCCUUCUUUGGAGGGCUGUUGCAUUCCUUUGGACAAGAAAAAUCGUGUUGGAUUUCACAAAAAAAAAAAGGGGGGGGGGGCUGGACUCGGGCAAACCGUGCGCUGUGAUAUUCUGCUACAAUUCGACUGGAAGAAACGGCUGAAAAGGGAUCACUGAACAGCUGCCUUGAUUCUUCCUCAACAAAGGUAGGUACAUACAAAGGUUGAUCCAUCAUGCCGGAAUUAACUGAAGGACAUCACCAUGCCACUGUAGCAGAGUGAAUUCCAAGGAUCUCGCCAAUUCUGGUUCUUGGACAGUGUCCCCAGUAUUAAACCAGGAACAGAGUCAAGGGAUGGGCUUUAGUAGCAAGAACUCUUCUGCAUUUUGUAUCACUGGGAUCUUUCCAUGGUCAGGCUACUGAGACACAUCUCACACUCUGACAUUUUCUCUGCCUGAGCAAUAUUACUUUUUUAUCUAUUUUGCUUGGUCAGCUAUUUCUCUUCUGUGUUUUUUUUGUCUUGUCUUGGCUACACUGAUUUUCUGUCUGGGUGCAGAAGCCAGAAGCCUGCUAAUGUUGAUGUAAAUCAUGUCAAGGCCAAUGGGACUCUUAUGGCUGCCUUUGAUCUUUACUCCAGUUUGUGUCAUGUUGAAUUCUAAUUUCCUCCUCUGGAUAACUGCUCUAGCAAUACGGUUUACACUUAUUGAUGGACAAGCACAAUACCCAGUUGUAACCACGAAUUAUGGCAAAAUACGUGGUGUAAGAACACCCCUGCCCAAUGAAAUUCUUGGCCCUGUGGAGCAAUACUUGGGAGUCCCUUAUGCUUCUCCUCCAACUGGAGAGAGAAGAUUCCAGCCCCCAGAACCUCCCUCGUCCUGGACCGGAGUGCGGAAUGCUACACAAUUUGCUCCUGUUUGCCCACAGUACUUGGAUGAGAGGUCCCUGCUCAAUGAUAUGCUGCCUGUUUGGUUUACUGCUAACUUGGAUACUGUAGUGACAUAUGUUCAAGAUCAAAAUGAAGACUGCCUGUAUCUGAACAUCUAUGUGCCAACUGAAGAUGGAGCCAACACAAAGAAAAGCGCAGAUGAUAUAACCAGUAAUGAUCGUGGGGAAGAUGAAGAUAUACAUGAUCAGAACAACAAGAAGCCAGUGAUGGUCUACAUCCACGGGGGAUCUUACAUGGAAGGAACAGGGAACAUGGUUGAUGGCAGCAUCCUUGCAAGUUAUGGAAAUGUCAUUGUUAUAACCAUCAACUACAGGCUAGGAGUUCUAGGUUUUCUAAGCACUGGAGAUCAAGCUGCAAAAGGCAAUUAUGGAUUGCUUGACCAAAUCCAAGCUUUACGAUGGAUUGAAGAAAAUAUUGGAUCUUUUGGAGGCGACCCAAAAAGAGUUACUAUUUUUGGAUCAGGGGCUGGUGCAUCAUGUGUUAGUCUGCUGACACUGUCUCACUAUUCAGAAGGUUUGUUUCAAAAGGCAAUAAUACAGAGUGGAACUGCUCUGUCCAGCUGGGCUGUGAACUAUCAACCUGCCAAAUACACUGCCAUUUUGGCAGAAAAAGUGGGCUGCAACAUGUUGGAUACUACAGACUUAGUUGAAUGCUUUCGGAACAAGAAUUACAAAGAACUAAUUCAACAGACUAUCACCCCAGCCACGUACCACAUUGCUUUUGGCCCUGUGAUUGAUGGGGAUGUUAUUCCAGAUGACCCUCAGAUUCUGAUGGAGCAGGGAGAAUUUCUCAACUAUGACAUAAUGCUAGGUGUAAACCAAGGGGAAGGCUUAAAAUUUGUGGAUGGCAUUGUGGAUAAUGAUGAUGGCGUCUCUCCAAAUGAUUUUGAUUUUUCAGUCUCCAAUUUCGUGGAUAAUCUGUAUGGUUAUCCAGAAGGAAAAGAUACACUACGAGAGACCAUUAAGUUUAUGUACACAGACUGGGCAGAUAAGGAGAAUCCUGAAACACGCAGAAAGACUCUGGUAGCGCUGUUUACUGACCAUCAGUGGGUUGCACCAGCUGUUGCCACAGCAGAUCUUCAUGCACAGUAUGGUUCUCCAACAUAUUUCUACGCAUUCUAUCAUCAUUGCCAGAGUGAAAUGAAGCCCAACUGGGCUGAUUCAGCACAUGGGGAUGAAGUACCAUAUGUGUUUGGCAUCCCUAUGAUUGGUCCCACUGAAUUGUUUAACUGCAACUUCUCAAAGAACGAUGUCAUGCUCAGUGCAGUUGUUAUGACAUAUUGGACAAACUUCGCUAAAACAGGAGAUCCAAACCAGCCAGUUCCCCAGGAUACAAAGUUUAUCCAUACAAAACCCAAUCGUUUUGAAGAAGUGGCUUGGUCUAAAUAUAAUCCAAAAGAUCAGCUUUAUUUACACAUCGGCUUGAAACCCAGGGUCCGGGAUCAUUAUCGAGCAACAAAAGUUGCUUUCUGGCUAGAACUUGUACCACAUUUGCACAAUCUGAAUGAAAUAUUUCAGUAUGUCUCCACAACAACUAAGGUGCCACCUCCGGAUAUGACAUCAUUUCCAUAUGUCACCAGGCGGUCUCCUGGCAAAUUCGCCACAAAGCGUCCAUUAAUGACACCAAGCAACAAUCCAAAACAUUCAAAGGAUACACAGAAAACGUCUUCGGAGGAUACAAGUGUCCUGAUAGAAAACAAGAGAGAUUAUUCCACGGAGCUGAGUGUCACAAUUGCAGUAGGGGCAUCCUUGCUGUUCCUCAAUAUUUUGGCAUUUGCAGCAUUAUAUUACAAGAAAGACAAGCGGCGCCAUGAGACACACAGGCGUCCUAGCCCUCAACGAAACACAACCAAUGAUAUCGCCCAUAUACAAAAUGAAGAGAUUAUGUCACUGCAGAUGAAACAACUGGAGCAUGACCAUGAGUGUGAGUCUCUACAGGCACAUGACACCCUGAGACUCACCUGCCCUCCUGAUUAUACUCUCACUCUUAGAAGAUCACCAGAUGACAUUCCACUCAUGACACCCAAUACCAUUACCAUGAUUCCAAAUACAUUAACAGGAAUGCAGCCUUUGCAUACUUUCAACACUUUCAGUGGAGGACAAAAUAGUACUAAUUUGCCCCAUGGACAUUCCACCACUAGGGUAUAGCUCUGUGAUUUGCCCCAUUCCAAACCACCUGGAAGAUUAAAAAUAAGAAAAAGGAAAAAAAAUCAUGUUCUCCAUCACACAACUUGUCAAAAAGGGGGGAAAAAGGUGAAACAGAAAGGCAGACAAUUUUCUUACUGAUCCUUUCCAUAGGAAUUCUGAUGUUAUAAAAGAUCAGCUUCAAACCCUGUGAAAUGUGAAAUAUGUACAUUACUAUUAGGAUACUGCUUUAAUAUCUGAACCACUUCAAUUGAAAGUUAAGAGUUGAGGCCCGAAGAAAUCACUUAGGAAGGAUAUAUAUUGAGUGUAACAAUCAGAAGCAGACACUUCUGGAACACAGAGCCAGUGACUGUACAGUUUUUUUUAAUAAAUAAAAUUUUUAAAAAAAUGUUCUAUAUGUGCCAUACCGUGAAUGGCCCUUGUUAUACAAAAAGACACCACCAUGGGAUUUUACCCAUUAUAUGAAGCUGUAAUCCAGAAUGGGGGAAAUAAGAUUUUAUUAUUAAACAAAAUAGGACUGACUAUGCAGUAAACAGGUAUAGUUCUGAGCAAAGAGAUGACUUGCCAGCCUGAACUAUAUUUAAGAAACUUUGUAAAAAAUGUACAUAGCUGUGAGUUUAAAAAAAGAAGCUUUUAUCGAUGUUUUCAGUUUGAAAAGAGCUUUUAGAAAGACCGUGCUUUCAGUUGUGAUCUAUGUGGAUAAGCAUUAAUCAUACCACCUAUGUUUCCUCCCAGACCAAAUGGAGGAUUUUCUUCUUAAUUACUAGUGGUAAACAAAAACAUGGGGCUUUUUUCUUAAUGUUUCAUUUUGAGGAGGACAUGGUGUCGUACAGAGAUUACAGAUGAUCAUAUGGCCUGACAGAUUUUCUUUUACAGGUUACACAGGUGCAUGUUGAGGAAUUCGUAGAUUGGAAACAGUUGGGUUUUCUAAAAAAAAACCACUUUUUUUUCUCUUUUCUUUCCUAUUUUGUGUGCGUUAGCUUUCAUGAUAUUGCGACACAGAGACAGAUUGGAAGGAUUACAAAAAGCUUGGUAAAUUGAGCAAAGAGGCCAGUUUUGUAGUUCUUAAAAAAUAUGUCGCUUCCCAAUUGGGAGCCUGCCAUUUUUGGUUAGGCUUUUUUUCUGAGGGGGGAAAAAGUUCAUUCGUCCUUCACCAGCUUGUUGUAGAAGAAAAAAAACUGAGUUAAGCAAUUGCUUAGCAAUGUUGAAAAGGGAAAACACUUAACUUGAAUAAUGGGCAGCAAGAGUCCUUGUUUGGUUUUGAUUAAUAAAGUAGAUGGAAAAAUCUGGAUGUAUCAAUCUCUUAAAAGCUUCUUAUCCUGCAAUAGAUUUUAAGGAAAUGCACUAUUUUUGCUGGUUAACCUUGCCGCAUCAUAGAAAUGGAUGGAUGCUGUGGAAAGCUAGAAAGAAAUCAUAUCAACCAUACCAUAGGUGAGUUGCCUUGGAAAAGCUGGAUAAGUUUACUGUUCUAUGAUUAAAACUUUUCAAAUAUUCCUCAACUGACUCCCUUUAACAGGGGAAUUUAGUUUAAAAAAUGCAGCUGCCCCAGCAAGAUAUCUGGCACUUCUGUGCGAAGUUAGUUUGGGUUUUUUUUUAAAAAAAAUCCUUUGUAGGGAAGUUUGAAUCAAGUUCUGAAAAAUGGUUUAUACUUUGUCUUUAGAAACUAAGUUAAAGAUGGUAACCAAAGAUAUUUGACCAGAGUUGCUCUGCACACAAUCAUCUCUUCCCCAACCUGUACACUAGAUUAUAAUUUCCUUUAAUUCUAAAUGGUACUGCACUGCUGUAUUAUCAUUCCCAGGUAUUCCUAUCUGACACAAGAUGCCUUCUGUCUUUAUCAUAGAUAGUGUAUGAUUUUCUGACUCACUAUCUCCCUGGCUGUGCAAUGUGUACAUUUCUAUGCUGUUUCUGGCAGAACAAUCCAGUCCUGGGAGUAUCAACCAAGAAUGCUGGUGACAUACUAAAAUUACUAACAUGACCAACACAGUAGUUUUAACUUGUCAGAAACUGACUUGAAUAUCCUUUCAUUUUGCUUCUUGGUGAAAUUUUAAAUGAGCCAGUAACUCCACUUUUCACCCAAUAAUACACAGAAAAGGAUCAACUUCCCGUAUCUUUACUGUAAUGUUAAUUAAAGCUGAAUCUUUUCCAUGCAUCUUCACAAUCAGUAUAUUGCCUCCACUAGGACACAGCAGUUCUGUCAUGACAUGGGAUUAAAGAGAGAGAGAAAUGAUGGCAUCUUAGUCAGUUGGGUAUGUUUGUUAUGUGAACUAAGGUAUUCGUUUAGUACUUCCAGUUGUCUUCUGCUAGCAAUAUGUACAGUACUGUGUCAGGCUUGUGGCAUUUGGGUAAAGCUGUUUCUGUAAGUGAAUGAUUUUAGCUUUUAAAAACAAUGACAAGGAUGUCAAUUUAAUAAUUUAAUACGUCUGAACAGAUGUAUGAUUUAUAAACAGAAAUGUUUAGGCUCUUCAUAGGUUUCUACAAUAAUAACAACAAAGUAUACUUUAAAAAAAGGAAAAAAAUGUUCCCAGGCUUUUCUUCUUGACCUUAAGAGGCACGCAGGGUUUAUUUUUUGUUUUUGUUUCUGCAUUUUUUCUUUUCUUUUUUUAGUUUUGCCUUAAGUAAGGAUAGAAGAUAUAUAUGGCUGGACACAUAUGUAUAAACUUUUCAGCAGCAUUUUUAAUAAUAAAAUAUCACAGUAUUUUCUAA